CGCCCCGCAGCCCCUGUGCGCUUUCCCGCGGCCCUUCGGCCGCGGCUCGGAGCUCGCUAGGGAACUCGCCCACUAGGCGCUCCCAUCCGCUCCUUCCCUUCCGUCUUCCCCCUCCCCAGCUUCUGUUGGCCGCGAUUGCGCACGCGUGCCGACGCCCCCUGUGGCCCCGCGCAGGAGGAGGGAAUGGGAAUGAGGCCGGGCCCUGCCGCUCGCGGGGCUCCCUUGUCCCCUCCCCUCCGCUCCCAGGCAGCCGGUCCAGUGGGUCCUAGGGCUCCGCCGCAGAAGCUAAAGCCGCAGCAACUGCGGCCGAGGAGGGAGGGGUCCAGAGCCCCGCCCCCGGGAGGGGCGCCGGCAGAUCCCCCUGUAUCCUGCACUUCCCCAACUACGCAGAGGAUGAAAUUUAACACGAAGGACACGGUCGAUGCAGAGGCAAUGGACUGAGUAGAGGGUAGAAGCCUGGUAAAGCUGCCUCCUGGACGUUCCUGUGCCAGCAAGAUGUUGGAGCAAGGUGCAAAGUCCCAGGCCCAGAGCACAGAUCCUAGCCCCUCUGGCAAGGACCCUGCAACCAAAGGAGAUCUCCACCAGGACCCACCGCAGAAACCCAGCCAGUCUGGUCCAGGGCCCACUGCAGUGGGGGCUGCGCCUUCCCGGCCACGCCGGCGGCCUCCGCCUCAGCGCCCACACCGCUGCCCCGACUGCGACAAGGCCUUCUCCUACCCAUCCAAGCUGGCCACGCACCGUUUAGCACAUGGCGGCACCCGGCCCCACCCAUGCCCUGACUGCCCCAAGGCCUUCUCCUACCCAUCUAAGCUGGCAGCACACCGCCUCACGCACAGUGGCGCCCGCCCGCACCUGUGCCCACACUGCCCGAAGGCUUUUGGCCACCGCUCCAAACUGGCUGCCCAUCUUUGGACGCAUGCGCCCACCCGCCCCUAUCCGUGCCCUGACUGCACCAAGUCCUUCUGCUACCCCUCCAAGCUGGCGGCCCACCGCCACACACACCAUGCCACCGAGGCUCGCCCCUAUCCUUGCCCACACUGCCCCAAGGCUUUCUCGUUCCCCUCCAAGCUGGCUGCCCAUCGACUGUGUCACGACCCCCCAACCACACCGAGCAGCCAGGCCGCCAGCCGCCACCGAUGCUCCACCUGCGGCCAGGCUUUUGGCCAGAGACGCCUCCUGCUUGUGCAUCAACGGGGUCACCACCAAGCGGAGGGUCAGGGGGAAAGAGAAUGAGCCCUCCUGGUGGCUCACAUGCCGCUCUGCUGCCUGCCCUGUUAAUGAUGAGGUGGGAUUCCCAUGCGGACUGUACAGAUUCGCCUCUUCCAGAGAGCUGGCAGGAGGAGACUGGCCGUUUACACCAGGCCUGACAGUAGAAGGCUGGGGAACUGUGCUGAUGGUUAGGUGUCAACCAGACUUAGUACUGGGUCCAAAACUACGGACAUGGACCUAUGUAUGGUUUGCCAGUGCUGGCGCUGUCUGACUCUCCCCUCCCACUUCUAUGGCAAAGGUAAAAAGUCUGCACAUAUCCUGGGUUAGUAAAGAAUGUGGGCAAACAGGCUCUCUUUAUUGUGUUGAAAGUUUAACUUGAUGACCCCACCUUGGCCAUAAGACACACACUUGCCUGCUGAAACUAUUCCACCUGUAGGAAUGUAUCCUAUAAACUGAAGCAUGAGGAAAGGUCAUCAAGGUAAAGAUGUUCACUGUGGCCAGAUUGGAAACCGCCCAUGUGUCCACCAGGGGCGCCAGCUAUGAAUGACAAUGCUGCCACGGAAUGGAAUAUACAGGUGUAGGAAGGUCACCGCUCCGUACACUGAUGGGGAAAGAGCCGGGAGAAUGCAAGGGGAUGCAGGAAGAACAAAGGGCACGCACCCGACAGAAAUGAAUCAUCAGAAAGCCUACCCUUGGAGCCAGCCCUGACCACUCCUUAGGAGUUGUGAGUCCCUGGACCAACAAUGUCACUUCUCUGGACUCAUGCCUUACCUGUAAAAUGAGGUCACAAGUCACUGGUAAGGGGCAAGCACCAUCUCAGGCAAGGCCAUUUCCCUUUUGGAUCUGUCACUGCACCCUAAAAUAAGGAUGAGCAGCCCAGCAUAGGACCGCUCUUUGAUCCAUAGAUAUGUAUCAAGCACCACUGUGUGCUGUACCCUGCAGGGGACAUUAGGGACACAGCAGUGGUGACAGACUUGAUCUAGGGAGGACAGUGGACACUAAUCAAGUAGUGGCCCCAAAAAGGCAUGGUGAUCCAAUCCUGUAGUCUCCACAGUUUGGGAGGCUGAGGCAUGAGGAUCAAAAGUCCCAGCCCAAUCUAGUCAACUCAGCAAGACCCUAUAUCAAAACGGGAGGGCUGGGGAUCUAGAUCCGUGGUGGAACUCCUGCCUAGCUGUGCUAGGCCCUAGGUUCAAUCCCCACUACCAAGGGGGAAAAAAGGCCAAAACCUUUUAUGAAAAGUGUGGGAACCUCGUCUUACCCUUGUUCCCAAGAUAGAAUUAUAAGGCUGUACUAGUGAAACCUGUAGUGUUGGCCUGGGAUCAACCCAAUGGGAACUGAGAACUCAAACAGACCUGCAUUUAUACUGAUAGACAACAAACCCCACCUGUAGAUAAGGGGUCUGAGAAUGUAUAUGCUGAUCCUGCCCCCGUCUUCCUGGUUCUGAGCCUUUAUACUGUUUUAUUUUUUGAGAUAGUCUUGGUAAGUUGCCCACGCUGCUCUUGAACUUGCAGGCUUCCUGUCUGGGGUUAUAGGGGUGAGCCAUUGUGCGCAGCCCAGUAGUAUGUAUUCUUAGGUUUACGGGCCAUACUGUCUGCCAGUGAACUUACUGCUAAACACAGUAUCAUACGUAAGUGGAGGGGUGUGGCUCUGUUCUAAUAAAACUGCAGCAAGUUGGUGGGCUAGAUUUUGCCUCUGGGCUUCAAUUUACCAACCACUGCUGUAGCUAAGUAGGGAAAGUACAGACUUUUAUCAGUAAAUGAGGCCACAACAUAUGGGAAGAAAGUUAAAUGGACUCCUAUGGUGUGGAGCAUUGCCCCAUAAAUAUACUUUAGUAUAAUCCCCAGAACCUGUGUGUUAGUGUACACAAGCAAAGAGGACAUUGUAUAUGUUUAAGGGUCCUCUCUUGAGAGCAGGAGAUGAACUUGGCUAUUUGAGUAGACCCAAUGUGAUCGUAAGGGUCUUUCCAUGAGGGCAGAGAGACAGUGUACCUGUGGAGGUAGAGAUCAGAGUGCUAAGAAAUUUGGGCAGCCCAUAAAAGCUAGAAAAGGUGAGGAAAAGGAUUCCUCCAGAAAGCGUCCGGGUUCUGUGGACACUUUCACUUUAGACAAGCCUGACUUUGGACUACUGAUCUCCAAAAUGAUAAGAAAAUAAAGCUGUGUAGUUUAAAGCCA